AUGUAUUGAUAACGUGUACGUGUGCUUAAUACCAAUUUUAUCCGUUUGAAGCGUAUUGUACUUAUAUUCGUAUCAGUUCGUAUUUUUACCGUGUUGUGAGUUACGUAAAAUUAAAUUCAUAGAUUCCACUGCAUUUAUCUUUUUAAAAUUUUUAUAUAUUUUGUAUAUUAAGUAACUUUACAUAUAAAUAGUUUUGAAAUAAUCGGUAAAAAUGGCAACAACUGUGCUUAAUGUGAAUGAAAUUAAAUCGAGAGCUUUAGAAGCUUUUGCGAAUAAAUUUAGGGAGAAUGCGAAUGUUUGUGUGUGCGCACCCGGUCGGGUGAAUUUAAUUGGAGAGCAUACCGAUUACAAUGAAGGUUUUGUUCUACCGAUGGCAUUGCCCAUGGUUACACUCAUAGUUGGAAAACGUAACAAUGUGGAUAAAUGUAAAAUUGUUUCCCUUAGUGAAAUAGUUAGUUCUGAAAAUUAUGUUGAAUUUGAAGUUAGGUCUCAUAAGAGUAUAAAACCAGGAGAACCAAAAUGGGCUAAUUAUGUAAAAGGAUGUAUAGCAAAUUUUAUUUGUGAUGUGCCAUCUUUUAAUGCUGUGAUUGUAUCCUCUGUACCAGUUGGUGCUGGUCUGAGUAGUUCAGCUGCUUUAGAAGUUGCUACUUACACAUUUUUGGAAGCAUUAACUGGUAUAAAAUCAGAAAAGCCAGAGGAUAAAGCUUUAGCAUGUCAACGUGCUGAACAUGAUUUUGCUGGAGUUCCAUGUGGCAUCAUGGAUCAGUUUAUCUCUGUAAUGGGUAAAGAAGGCUAUGCUCUUCUUCUUGAUUGUAAAGAUCUUAGUACUAAACAAAUACCUAUGUCACAAAUGAAUGAUUAUAUCUUUCUAAUUACUAACUCUAAUGCUCCUCAUAAAUUAAGUUCAAGCGCAUAUUGUGAGCGCAGAGAUUGUUGUUAUGAAGCUGCAAAAAGGUUAAAUAAAAAAAGUUUGCGUGAAAUAUCUAUGAGUGAUAUUCAAGCUUUAAAAUCACAGAAUGUACCUGAAGAAAUGAUAAAACGAACUCGUCAUGUAGUAACAGAAAUUCAAAGAACAAUUGAUGCUGCAGAUGCCCUAGAAAAAGGAAAUUUUGAUAAAUUUGGACAGUUAAUGAACGAGAGUCAUGAUUCUUUAAAGAAAGAUUAUGAAGUAUCUUCUGUUGAGCUAGAUACUUUAGUAACAGCAGCAAGAGCAGUAAAUGGUGUCUUAGGAAGUCGUUUAACUGGUGCUGGUUUUGGAGGGUGUACAGUAACAUUAUUGAAAAAAGAUGUAAUUGACGAAGCAAUUAAUCAUAUGAAGGCCAAGUAUUCUGGAAAUGCAACAUUUUAUAUAGCAAGCCCUGCAAUGGGUGCAAGAAUCCUGGAUAUAAAUUAAACAAUAUGAUAAUGGGAAGUAAUUAUUUAGUUUUAACUGAUAAAAAGUCAUGUUAUUGGAGAAAUCUAAUUAAAAAGAUUUAUAAUUUAUUUUCAUAGUUAUAUUAAACAGGCUUGUUUAAUUUUAGAAAAAAAUGAUGUAUUGUUAGAAAAAUAUGUAUACCUACUAGUGGUUUUAUUGAAAUUUUGAUUUUUAUGGGAUAUUAUCUAAAACUUAGAAUAAUGUGCCUGAAACAUUUUUUAAUAUUUGUUAAUAUUUUUUGAAAUGAUAUGAAGUAUUAACAUAUGUUAAAUGUAAUAAGGAGUAAUUUUUAAAUAGCAUGUACAAAUAAUGCGUCUGUAUAAAAAGUCAUGUAAAAUACUAUUGACAGUUUACGUGAAUUUGCGUCAAUGUAUUCAUUUAUGUUUGUAUAUGCACAGGUUCACGAAUGUAUUCAAACAUUUGUAGAGAUCUUUUGUAAAUAUAUUAUGUGUGUUAUAUGAAACAUUUUGAAAUUUCA